UGCCAAUGCCCCGUAAGCUGUCCUUUGGUUGAUGGUUGUUUACAAUUUUUACUGUUAUAAAUAUAGCCGAUGAAUGCAAUUUGUUUGAAACAAAAUAUAUUGUUUUCUAAGUCAUCCAAUGAUAUCAAAAUUUCUCACCUUAAAGACUCGUAUCGAGCCUUGGCAGAUAUAUAAUGAAGGUUUAAGUUAUAAUAAUUUAUUGAAAUGUUACUUUCACUAGAUCAAGAACGUCGCGACAAGUACGAAAAUAGCUUAAAUUUCAACAUGGACUAUGACAGCGGAUAUAUAUCUCACAAUCCUGAAUCGAAUUUGGACUCUUCUUCCUGCAGCGAUAUUCUGACAGAACAAUCCUCCAACAAACCUGUAUAUUUGAGCGAAGACGCGCUAUUGGAGAAACCCGACGUUCGCCCUAGACUGUUUGAUCUCAGCAUGGAGAUAGACCGAGAGGAUUACGAAGAAACGAGAAACCUUUUCAACUCGUCAGACAUUGACGACGAAGCCUUCAUAUUGCCCAAGUCAGAAGACAGUCAUGAAAUCAGUUACAGUGGAUUCGAUAAGGACUCUGAUAUCUCAGAUAUCGAAAUACCAUGUGCAGCGAAAAUAGUAUAUGGUAGCGUAUCCACUCUAAAUAACAAGAACAACAGUGGGGACAAGUUUGAAGAUGAGGUUGAGAAAGAAGCAAAUAUUUUGUAUUGUGAGGCUGAGAAUGACUUCAAAGGUUUUUCUUCGAGCCAGAAGCAGCAUGUAUCGGCCUUCUAUAACAUUACCAAUACCCUGGCAACUGAUGACCCCAAGAAAAAGUUAACGCUCAUAUUUUCAAAAUGUGAUAAAGAAAAUGUUUAUACUGUGAAACGAAAAUACCGGAGCCUAACUCCUAACAAUAGUUUGACAGAGGAUGAGCUGGAAGCUCAACCGGAAGUUCCUUGCUCUGUGGAAAAAGUUAAUGACAGAGUGUGUUUAGAUCAUAAGGAUAGUGUUUCCGAUAUGAGUAUCGAUGAGAGUUGUGAUGUUGAGGAAAGUGUGAUGCCCUCCAAAUACUCCAGAAGUGAUAGAAAAAAUUCUUUUUCGGAAACACUUUCAAGAAAUUUUGUUUUCGAUUCAGUUGGUAAGCAGGCUGCAGAAAAUACCACAUUCAAACUAGACACGUUUAAACUUCCUAUCAAAGUCCAUGAACCCCUGCAAGAAACCCAUGAAAUAGAACCUACAGAAAGAGAAUCCUGUGGUGAUUCAGAAGUAGUUAUCCCAAGGACUGAAAUUGGGGAAAUACAAAAUAGUACAGAUAAACAACGUGGAACAAUUUUCCCGGUCAUUAAAAUUGAGGAAAUAGGGACUGAAAACAAAGAACUACAAAGUGAUAGAAAUGCAGACAUUGGAACUACUUCUCAAUUCAAUAAAAUUGAAGAAAUAGAGAUUGAAAAUGACAUACUACAAAGUGGUUCAAAUGAAGAUGUUGGAACGACUGUUACAUUUAUUAAAAUUGAGGAAAUACAGACUGGUUCAAAUGAAGACAUUGGAUGUAUUUCCCCAGGCAUUAUCACUGAAGAAAUACAAAUUAAAAAUGACGUGAUACAAAAUAGUUCAGGUAAAGAUAUUGCAAUUACUGCUGCAAACUGUAAAAUUGAGGAAAUGCCAAAUAGUUCAGAUAAAGACAGUGGAAAUGCUUCUUCCAUUAAAAUUGAAGAAAUAGAUAUUAAAAAUGUAGAACUACAUAGUAGUUCAAAUAAAGCCAUUGGAACCAUUCCCCCUAACCCUGAAAUUGUUGAAACACGAAGUAUAUUAAAUGAAGACCAUGAACAGAGAACCUCAUGGGUUAAAUUAGAGGAAAUGCAAAAUAUUACAAAUGAAGACUGUAAAAAUAGUUCGUCGAAGGCCAAUAUGGAGGAAACACAAAAUGAAUGUGGUGGUGGUAGUUCAAAUAAAGACAGUAGCAAUACAUCUCCAACAGUUACAGUCAAGGAAACGAAAAAAGAACUUACUGGUAGUUUAAAGAAAGAUAGUCAAAAUUUUGUUUCAAAGGCCCCUCAAACUCCCAAGAGAGAGUAUAAAAGCAUUUUGAAUGGAAGCAUCAGUCCUGAUUUAUUCGAAGAUGAAGAGACACUUUCCGAGAUAGUUCCCGUUCCUCUACUGCCACCAGCAGUUAAGGAAGAGAAGUACAUCCACAAAAAAGAUAGGACUGUUCUUAGAAGAGCCCGAAAUCACCUUAAGGGGGUUCUUCCUCCUCACAGUGUGACGGUUAUUCACACGUCAGUGUCUGAAAUGUUGAACAAAAUCGAGCUUAACAAAGACUAUUUUUGGGAUGGGUCCUUACAGGAACAGAAAUCUAAUGUUUCAAUGGAGAGUGGAAAUAGUCAAUCUAUGGAUAACAGUGGGAGGAGUGACGAUAGCGGUCUGGGUGGGGAAUCAAAAUCUCUGCUGGUUACAUGUGCUUUGGAGGAUUGUACUAGCAGGUCUUUUCCAAAGAUACUUGAAGAUAGAUGUCAUGGUUUAUAUCACAACCGCAGCAAACUCUCUGAAGAAUUCGAGGACCUUUGUGCAAAAUACGCCCAAAGGUAUGUCGGAGCCGAAACACAGUCUACAUGCACUGUUUUCGAAUCGAACUGUCUCAGCCCGAUGAAGCGGAAGCAGGUAAAACAGCGAUGGGCAGUCAAAUCGCCGGGACGAAGGCUCAGCCACUUGGCCAGGAGGAGGAUAACAUUCUCCAGCGUGAAUUUGCAGUCGGGCAUCUCGUCUUUCGCUGGAUCAAGGGCCAGGCAGAUUUUGGUGGACACAAAGAAAUUGGAUAAUUUUAGUAAAAGAAAAAGCCCAAAGAAAACGCCGAAGAAAACCCCAAGUAAAAGUCCGAGGAUGAAAACUCGCACCCCCAGCAGCUCGGCAAAGAAAAAACUCGCAAUGCGGUUCCGAAAACUAACUGGGGAGAUUGAGAAAACUAACAACUUCGGGGACAGUGACCUGUCCUCAAGAAGAGCCCUGUUCGCAAGUCCGGACUGUGAUAAAAAAUCUAGUCUAUUUAUGCCAAGUACUUCCGGCUUGUUGAAAGACAUGAAAAAACCUUCGUCGAAACGCGCGCUGUUUGCUUCGCCCACCAAAAGACCUUCGCCAAUGAAGUGCUCCCCUUUCAAGAGAUCCCCUUUCUUGCGUUCAUCUCCUUUGAAGAGGUCGCCGUUCAAGCGGCUCGACGCUUACGGCGACAAAAAACGCAAAAGGACCGAUUCGGAAGACACCAGACCUUGCAAGCAGGCUCGCAGUCAGUCAAUCGAAAUCAGACCAUCGACGUCGGAACAUAAGGCUGUGAUGGAUAGGACACAGAGCGAUUCGAUUAUCUACCAGAACAAAAAUCCCGUUGGAGAAUUGAGUGCCGUCCAUAAGAAGAAACUCCAGUGGGCUGUGUACGAAGCGCUGCGCACGCAGAACGUCACUCCCGCGCACGCGCAGUUCAAACUUUUCGCCUCGAUCCUGGCGCGGCUGACGCGCCGCUUCCUGCCCAAUCUGAGUGCAAACGCUCCCCGCCCGGAGGGGGGCACCAGCGAGAGGAUGCUGCGGAUCGCGCGUCACCAUGUCUUUGCAGUCGUCAAGGGAAAGUCCGUCGACGAGAUCUACAACGAGUACGUCAAGUCGAGGGCGCGCCAGGCCAAGCCCCAGGGCUACGUCAGCCUGGAGGAGUUUGUUGAGCAGAAGGAAAACAAGGAGAAUGCCUGCCGAGGCGUCAGGAGCAGCUCCCGGCGUGGAGGGGGAGAAUGUCCGCCUUUGGCCAAUGAGAACAAGAUCGAACGGAUCAGGAAGGUUAUCAAUUUCGGAGAUGACAACAGAUGAUGGACUCGACACAGUCGUUUAGUGCCAAUCAAAAAGUAUCUUAUUAGCUAGAGUUUUUUUGUUUGAAAGUAGGUUCGAAUUUCAUGGCGCUGAUUUUCGCUCCUGGUAUUUGGUGGCUUGCAAGUAACUGUUACAUUUCUCGUUUUGUAUCAUAUAAGGCUAAUGUAUAAAUAAAUAUCUAUAUAGAAAA